AUGUUGCUGCCGUCUGCCUUAUCCUGCGACCCGUCGCACCCGCGCCUGCAGUCGGCGCUCUUCAUCUCGCCGCCCGCCAGCCCUCCCCAGCUCUCCACCCAGACCGCGAUCGGAAACCUCAUCAACUCAUGUCGUAACCUUCACACCAUGCUGUCGUCGCCAAUCCCCAACGAGCCGAUCCCAGAUGUAAACUCUCACCUCCCGUCGCCACCGCUCGCCAACAUGCCUAGCCCUCUCAGCAAACCUCGCCUUCGCCGUCGCAAGGCCGAGCCAUCACCUGGUCCAUCUUCUUCGCUGGCACAGAACGAGCCUCUACGAUACAGGAUCAAGAAGCGCGCACCGCCUAGGGGUCCGAAUAAGAGAAGACGCUCCGAUGAUGACGACAUGGGCCGAGACGACGAAGAGCGCUCUAGCAGUGACGAACACCACGGAAAGGAGAACGUCAACAUCUUUGACAUGAACAACGAGACCAAGCGAGACCCCGGAAUGUUUGUCUUCAAGGGAUACUCAGACAAAUCAUCACAAGCCGCCCCGUCAACACCCAAGAGACAGCGAAUAGCACCACCAGACGUCCCGCGCGGACUCACCAAGGAAGAUUUCCACAAGCUGGGAGCCCCCGAUGCAAACGAGAUCGAGACCACCGAGGGCACCAACGUCGAAGUGGGCGCGCGCGGCGAUCAGUGGAGCCUCGAAGAUGACCACAAGCUGGUCGAGGUCGUGCUCGAGAAGGUCAAGAACAUGGAUUUGUCCAGUGAGGUAUGGGAUGACUGUGUUCGCAAUCUACCAGGGAGGGACCAGACCAGUGUGAGCUUACGAUGGAGGAGUCUGUUAAACAGGGACAAGAUAGGCCUGCAGAAUAGGGGUGCCAGGACCAGGGCUAAGCUCCACGGGACGUGGUGA